AUGUCUAUGACUCUACGGGUGUCGAGAACGUUAUCCAGAGUUCCUACUCGGACCCUCGUCCGGCUCUAUGCCUCCCAACCACCCGAAGCAGCAGAAAAGAAAGACAAGGGCCCGACGACACUGGUCCACCCACCUUCUCCACCACUCGAAUACGACAGACACCGUUCUCCCAUCUCUUCACUCUCCAAAAACCCAUGGGUGAUUCGCGCCGUAAAAGCCAUCGCACCGUUCAUGGGCUACUAUUCCAAAACGACAACCGCCAUCCGAGAGACGAGGCCCAUGUAUGCCAAGUGCGGCGAGCGACUUGAACAGGAGACUGAUUUCUUGUACAAGGAAUGCGCGCUCCCGCCGACGUAUCAGACCUGGUUCCAAUUCACACUCUUGCACGUUCUCAUUCUUACUGCGCGACUACGGGCGCUCCCGCCUGAUGAUUCAAGGACGUACCAGGCUGAACUCAUUAACCAUUUUUUCUUGGAUAUCGAGCAUCGGAUGAGGGCCGUUCUUGGUCCUAAAGUCCCCGAACGAAUCGUCAAGGGAUACCUCAACGAAAUGCGCGACCAGUGGCGUGGCGGGGGUGUUGCAUUCGACCUAGGGAUCAUUGACACCGACGCCACUCUGGCCGGAAUGAUCUGGCGCAACCUCUUUGCUUCGCGCGGUGCUCCUCCUCCUCCUCCAUCUUCAUCAUCUUCAAAUUCAUCUCUGCAAGACGGAAAGGAGAGAAGGGUCUUGUUGGCGAGUGCGCAGGAUAUCGAGUUGCCAUCGUCGUUGUACAAGUUUGUUGUCCAUGUGAGGAGAGAGUUGAAGCGUCUCGAGGGGAUAUCGGAUGAGGAUAUCAAGUUGGGUCACAUUGGAGAGUGGGGGGCGGUAUCGUCUAUUCAAGCACCCGAGGGAGCGGUGGAUUACGAGGCGUGGCAGGCGACGGGGCAGACGAUCAGGACGGGAGGAAAGCAGGCUGCUGCGAGUGGAUGA